GGGAUCGUGGGCGUGGUCAGAGUGUGACGUACAUGACACAAUGUGGUUGUUGCACAGAGCGCUGGUGUUUGUUGCGCUCGGAAGUAGAGGCUUGAGCAGAGUCAUGUGUGCUCAGGCCAGUGACUGGAAAAGCGCCAAGAGUAUUUACGAAUUCUCUGCCAAAGACAUAGAUGGGAACGAGGUGUCUUUGGAAAAAUACAGAGGCUUUGUAUGCAUCAUCACUAACGUAGCCUCUAAAUGAGGCAAGACUCCAGUAAACUACACUCAGUUUGCGGCCAUGCACACCACGUACGCUGAGAAGGGUUUACGCAUCUUAGGCUUCCCAUGUAACCAGUUCGGAAAACAGGAGCCUGGUACCGAAGCUGAGAUUAAGGAGUUUGCGAAAGGUUACAAUGCAGAAUUUGACCUCUUCAGUAAGAUAGACGUGAACGGAGACAACGCUCAUCCUCUCUGGAAGUGGAUGAAAGAUCAACCGCAUGGAAAAGGCACUCUGGGAAACAACAUCAAGUGGAAUUUUACCAAGUUUCUUAUUGAUAGAGAGGGGCAGGUUGUGAAGAGAUAUGGACCAAUGGAUGACCCAAGUGUUGUUGAAAAGGAUCUCCCAAAAUACUUGUAACCAGUGUGGAUACUCUCAGCAUCCAGCCCUACUGACUCACUGACUCACUGACUCACUGUCUCACUGACUCACCCCCUGCGCUCCUGUAGCCUGCUGGGUAUUUUCAGGCCUUUUCCCAAAAUAAUGAAGGCCUCUCUGUAAACCUGCCUGCAGGUAGGACUGGCCUGAUGACCCCCCCCCUGGUGUGCAAAACCUCCCCCGGGAAGCCUGCAUAUACCCAGCUAUUCCUGCAGAGCGAAGACUCACUGAACCCAACCCUGAACUGAGUGAUGACGUUCACCAUGUACUGAUGAUAACUAAUAAUAAGUAAUAAUAAUAAGUAAUAAAACAUGAAGAAAUUCGGUGUGA